CUGGACUGGAAGGGGGGGAAAGUGUCCGGACUGGAAGGGGGGGAAAGCGUCCGGACUGGAAGGGGGGGAAAGCGUCCGGACUGGAAGGGGGGAAAGCGUCCGGACUGGAAGGGGAUGAAAGUGUCCGGACUGGAAGGGGGGAAAGUGUCCGGACUGGAAGUAGGGGGGGGGAAAGUGUCCGGACUGGAAGGGGGGGAAAGUGUCCGGACUGGAAGGGGGUUGAAAGUGUCCGGACUGGAAGGGGGGGAAAGCGUCCGGACUGGAAGGGGGGAAAGUGUCCAGACUGAGAAGGGGGGUCCGGACUGGAAGGGGGGGAAAGUGUCUGGACAGGAAGGAGGGACAGUGCUCGGCAGGUAGGAACAGGGUGGCAGUGCCCGGUGGGCAAGAAGGGGGUAGAAUUGCCCGGUAGGCAGGAAGGGGGGGGACAGUGCCUGGUGGGAAGAAAGGGGGUAGAAGUGCCCGGUAGGCAGAAGGGGGGGUAGAAGUGCCCGGCAGGAAUGGGGUAGAAGUGCCCGGCAGGCAGGAAGGGGGUAGAA